CUUCCGGCGGGCCGUUCCGGCUGGGCAGACGUGGCUUUCCGGUUCUGGAGUCCGAGCAGAGACCCCCGGCUGCCGACAGAAUGGAGCUGGAGGCCAUGAGCAGAUACACCAGCCCGGUGAACCCGGCCGUCUUUCCCCACCUCACCGUCGUGUUGCUGGCCAUCGGCAUGUUCUUCACCGCCUGGUUCUUCGUCUACGAGGUCACGUCUACCAAGUACACGCGGGACAUCUACAAGGAGCUGCUCAUCUCGCUCGUGGCCUCUCUCUUCAUGGGCUUCGGGGUCCUCUUUCUGCUGCUCUGGGUCGGCAUCUACGUGUGAGCGGCUGAAGGUUUUGUGUGCAUGGAAUCCUGGGUGUCCCGCCUUUGUUUCCCUGAUAGUUUUUGUACAAUUGCUAAAUAUGAAUUUCCAUGACUUCUAAUAAAUGCAGCUGUUUGCCUUUGUACAUAAA